GCCGCGACGCUACCGGAUUUAAGUUUUGUUUUUCGGUUGGGGGUUUCUGACUCGGAGGCUUAGUGUGGCGUUAUUUUUUACAAGGGACAAAUUUGCCCAAUUUGAAGAAGUUUUGUGGAAGGAGGUGUGAAAAGGACAGCAUGAAUUUUACCCCAGUGCGUACCCCUGUCUGCAGAAGGCCGACACCUGUUUCCAAACAGGAUGUUACCUGUGGCUUUAGUGGUCCUACCAAGUGGAAGAGAAUGUCAUUCUUGGAUUCAGUGGAGUCAACUCCUUUGCCUUCCACGGAAGAUCGUCUGGCUGUCCUCUGCCCUUCUCAGGAGCUUCUGGAAUAUUACCAAAAGAAGAUGGCUGAGUGUGAGGCAGAAAAUGAAGACCUGUUGAAGAAACUGGAGCUCUAUAAAGAAGCUUGUGAAGCACAGCAUAAACUAGAAUGGGAUUUGCAGCAGAGGGAAGAAGAGAUUGCUGAAUUGCAGAAAGCUCUAAGUGAUAUACAGGUCUGCCUCUUCCAGGAACGGGAACAUGUUUUACGCCUCUACUCAGAAAAUGACCGACUGAGAAUCAGGGAGCUAGAAGACAAGAAAAAGAUACAGAAUCUCUUGGCUCUUGUGGGCACAACAGACACUGGAGAAGUGACCUAUUUUUAUAAGGAACCUCCAAACAAAGUCAGCAUUCUCUCAAAGACUAACCAGGCUGUGGGUAUAUGUGAACAGAAUGAAUUUUCCUCAGCUUUCAGAACAGAUUCUAAAGUAAGCAAAAGAAAACCAGUAAUGAGAGAGAAGGUAGAAAGUUCUGAGCAAUACCAGAGAGACGUACAAACACUUAUCCUACAGGUGGAAGCACUGCAGGCUCAGCUGGAAGAGCAGACCAAGCUUUCUAGAGAACAAGUGGAAGGGCUCAUGGAGGAUAGACGGAUUCGCAUUGAGGAAAUACAAGUUCAUCACCAGAGGAAUCAGGACAAAAUCAAAGAGCUUACCAAAAAUCUCCAUCACACCCAAGAACUUCUUUAUGAGAGUACCAAAGACUUUUUGCAACUCAGAUUUGAAAACCAAAGUAAAGAGAAGUCAUGGAUGCUUGAAAAGGAUCAUUUGAUGUCAAAGAUUAAGCAAUACAGUACACAGUGUAAAAAGAAAGAAGAUAAAAUUGGAAAAGUUUGGCCAGUCGUUCAUGAGAUUCAUCGUAACCAAAAUGAAUAUGUUAAGUCCCUAAAGGAUAAGUUAGUACAAGAGAAGAAAUUGUCCAACAUGUAUCAAGAGCAGUGCAUGUCCCUAGAAGAGGAGCUUGCCCGAAUUCGUGAGGAAGAGGGAGUGAGGAGAGAAAUCUUCAAGGAUCGCACUAACAAGAUGGGGAAGCGGUUACAGGUGAUGACAAGACGCUAUGAGGCCUUGGAGAAUAGGCGUAUCUUGGAAGUAGAAGGCUUUAAGACGGAUAUUAAGAUUCUCCGGCAGAAGCUAAAAGACUUGGAGCAAAUCCUCUAUAAGGCAACACUUAAUGCCCGGGCAAACCAGGAUCUUGCCAUCCUAUGUGAGGUGCGUGACAGCAAUAGACGGGCACAUAAGAUACAAGGAGAACUGAAGAACCUAAAGUCCAAAGUCUUUGGUCUGGAAAAUGAACUUAGGCUCUGUUGAGGUUUACAUUUCAACGUGGCACUCAUAUGAAAUAGAUCGGUUUCCUGAAAUCUGCCAAAAGGUCAUCUUCUCCCAGAAACUGUAUGCACAGAGUUGGCUAGAAUAGUGAUACCUGUUAUUACGAAUACCUAUUAUUAGGAAUUAGGGAUCACUAAAAGAGCCCUUCUAUCACACUGACCUUUAGCUAUCAUUUUUGCUGUCCUUUUUUAUAUUUUUGGUCUGGAUUAUAACCUGAAUUCCAUAGAGACUUUCCCACAUUAUUUCUCCCAUUUAUAAUCUAAUGACAGGGUUUUGUGUUUUUUUUAAAAAGGCAGUGAUGGGGAUCCCUGGGUGGCGCAGCAGUUUGGCGCCUGCCUUUGGCCCAGGGCGCGAUCCUGGAGAUCCGGGAUCGAAUCCCACGUCAGGCUCCCGGUGCAUGGAGCCUGCUUCUCCCUCUGCCUGUGUCUCUGCCUCUCUCUCUCUCUCUCUCUCUCUCUCUGUGACUAUCAUAAAUAAAUAAAAAUUAAAAAAAAAAAAGAUUAAAAAGGCAGUGAUGAUGAAAAUUCAGGAAGAAAGUAUUUUUGGCUAUGAGCUCAACUGAGCAUCAGUAGUUGAAACUCUGCCUAAAGUCAAGGCAUCCUCUGAGGUUGCCCAAGGUAGCAAAUCACAAUUUAUCACAUGGGAACAAGUAGAUUCUGCUAUUUAACUUUCUUCUGUCGUUAACUGAAUUACUUAUGGACCCAGUCUCAGGAAGUUACACCAGAGGGCACUAGAGACCCUAGUCUUUUUUUUCUUCCUUCCUUCCUUCCUUCCUUCCUUCCUUCCUUCCUUCCUUCCUUCCUUCCUUCCUUCCUUCCUUCCUUCCUUCCUUCCUUCCUUCCCUCCCUCCCUCCCUCCCUCCCUCCCUUCCUUUCUUGACUCUAUCUUUAAGCAAAAUGUUCAUCUAGGAAAAUAAAGGUGCCGCUUUGGUAAGAGUAAGUGA